UUCUCUUGUGAAUUCCCUCGUAACGAAACUAACUCCCCUCUUCCACCCUCACUCCCCCUCCCUUCCUCCUUCAACCCACUACCGACCAACCAGUGCUGGUGCAUAUCAGUGAGUCGCCCGCGCAAUCUCCGUCUCACGUGCUUGAGUCGGUCCCCUUCAGUAUUGCGCCGGAGACUGCAGUGACUGACUCUGUCCGUUUUCAACUCUCCACAGAAAGCCCAGCUUCACUCUGCCCGAAUUUCCCAGUUGAACUUCCGUUGGGACACACAUAACCAAUCAUAAUCAUGGCGGACGGCAGUAUCAUGCCUCCCAAGCCUGCCGUGGUGCUUGAGGCCCACGAUGUUGAUACUUUCCAUGUUCCCCAAGCUUUCCACGAGAAACACCCCUCCGGUCCCCACUUGAAAGAUCUCGACGAAUACAAGAAGCUCUAUGAGGAGUCGAUCCGCAGCCCCAACACUUUCUGGGCUCGCAUGGCCCGCGAGCUCCUCACCUUCGAGAGAGAUUUCCAGACCGUCCACACCGGUUCUCUAGAGAACGGUGACAGUGCCUGGUUCGUCGAGGGUCGCCUCAAUGCCUCCUUCAACUGUGUCGAUCGCCAUGCCAUCAAGAACCCUAACAAGGUUGCCAUUAUCUACGAAGCCGAUGAGCCCAGUGAGGGCCGUACCAUCACCUAUGGCGAAUUGCUGCGGGAAGUCUCCCGGGUCGCCUGGGUCCUGAAGCAGCAGGGCGUCAAGAAGGGUGACACGGUCGCCAUUUAUCUCCCCAUGAUCCCCGAAGCUCUCAUUGCCUUCCUCGCCUGUGCUCGUAUCGGUGCCGUUCAUUCCGUUGUUUUCGCCGGUUUCUCCUCCGACUCCCUGCGGGAUCGUGUCCUUGACGCCGGUUCUAAGGUCGUCAUCACUACCGAUGAGGGCAAGCGCGGAGGCAAGGUCAUCGGUACUAAGCGCAUUGUCGAUGAGGCGCUGAAGCAGUGCCCCGAUGUGACCGGCGUUCUGGUUUACAAGCGCACCGGUGCUGAGGUCCCCUGGACCAAGGGCCGGGACGUCUGGUGGCAUGAGGAGGUGGAGAAGUACCCUAACUACUUUGCUCCCGAGUCCGUGAGCUCCGAGGACCCCCUUUUCUUGCUGUAUACCUCCGGCUCCACUGGCAAGCCCAAGGGUGUCAUGCACACGACUGCUGGUUACCUGCUUGGCGCGGCCAUGACGGGCAAAUAUGUCUUCGACAUCCAUGAUGACGACCGUUACUUCUGCGGCGGGGACGUUGGUUGGAUUACUGGCCACACGUACGUUGUGUACGCGCCUCUGUUGCUGGGUUGCUCGACUGUCGUCUUCGAGAGUACUCCGGCCUACCCCAACUUCUCCCGUUACUGGGAUGUGAUUGAGAAGCACAAGGUCACCCAAUUCUAUGUGGCCCCGACCGCCCUGCGCCUGCUGAAGCGUGCUGGUGAUGAGCACAUUCACCACAAGAUGGCCCACCUGCGUAUCUUGGGAUCCGUCGGGGAGCCUAUCGCCGCCGAGGUCUGGAAGUGGUACUUUGAGGUUGUUGGCAAGGAGGAAGCCCAUAUCUGUGAUACUUACUGGCAAACCGAAACCGGUUCGAACGUGAUCACUCCUUUGGGUGGCAUUACGCCGACCAAGCCGGGUAGCGCGUCGCUUCCCUUCUUUGGUAUUGAGCCCGCCAUCAUCGACCCUGUUUCUGGAGAGGAGAUUUCGGGCAAUGAUGUCGAGGGUGUCCUUGCUUUCAAGCAGCCCUGGCCCAGCAUGGCUCGGACCGUGUGGGGUGCCCACAAGCGCUACAUGGAUACCUACUUGAAUGUCUACAAGGGCUACUACUUCACGGGAGAUGGUGCUGGUCGUGACCACGACGGUUACUACUGGAUCCGGGGUCGUGUGGAUGAUGUUGUCAAUGUCUCUGGACACCGUUUGUCUACUGCCGAAAUCGAGGCUGCCUUGCUCGAGCACCACAUGGUGGCCGAAGCUGCUGUUGUCGGUAUUGCCGACGAGCUGACUGGCCAAGCCGUCAACGCAUUCGUGGCUCUCAAGGAGGGCAACGAGACCACCGAUCAGGUUCGCAAGGAUCUGAUUAUGCAGGUCCGCCGCUCUAUCGGACCCUUUGCUGCCCCUAAAGCCGUCUAUGUGGUGGAAGACCUUCCCAAGACCCGCAGUGGCAAGAUUAUGCGCCGCAUUCUGCGCAAGAUUCUGAGCGGCGAGGAGGAUAGCCUUGGUGAUACUUCCACUCUCUCCGACCCCUCAGUGGUUGACAAGAUCAUCGCCACGGUGCACGCUUCCCGCGGCAAAUAAGUGUCUGUCUUUUGUGAAUGAUGUUAAUGAAAGCGAAAGUUGGGAGGAAAUACGACGCUGUCGCCCGGAUCGACGUGGCUUGCGUCUGUGCAGUUGAGCUUUAUAUUGUCUGAAGACGGAGUUUUUCUUUUUCUCUUGUUGUGAUUCCCAUUAUGGUCAGAAACGGGUGACAUUCUGAUGAGCUGUUAAUUUUUUCAACGUAUAUACCAAUGCUGAAAGAAGUCUUUCUCGGGUCU